AUGAGCAGCAAAAUCAUUGGACCUGAUUCCGACUUCUUUGCCGCGCUCUGCGUGGAUGCUGCAGAAGCAGUUAAGGUUACUGAUUCUAGCGGAAAGAUCACUUACCCAGUUGCUGCCGUUAAUGUGCUCAAAGCUCAUGGAAAAAGUGCUCGCGAAACUAUGUUAAUCAAAGGAUACGCUUUGAAUUGCACUGUAGCAAGCCAAGCUAUGCCACUUGUCGUUACUAACGCUAAAGUUGCGUGCCUUGAUUUCUCUUUGCAAAAAGCCAAAAUGCACCUUGGUAUCUCUGUGAUUGUCGAAGAUCCGGAGAAGCUGGAAGCAAUCCGAAGAGAGGAGUACGAUAUUACAAAGCGACGCAUCGAAAAGAUUCUCAAAGCAGGUGCAAAUGUGGUCUUGACAACUGGUGGUAUUGAUGAUUUGUGCUUGAAACAGUUCGUGGAGGCAGGUGCCAUGGCUGUUCGCCGUUGUAAGAAAAUGGACUUGAAGCGCAUCGCGAAGGCUACUGGAGCAACCCUUGUUAGUUCGCUGGCCACGCUCGAAGGUGACGAGGCAUUUGAUGCUUCUCUUCUUGGUUAUGCAGAAGAGGUGGUGCAAGAGCGCAUCAGUGACGACGAAUUGAUUUUGGUGAAAGGGCCCAAAGCGCGUACUGCGAGCUCCAUAAUCCUGCGGUAUAGAUAUCUUAUCACUUUGUCUAUAUUAUAUCCUAUCACCACAUAUCUCAGCGGUGCCAACGAUGUUAUGCUGGACGAAAUGGAGCGUUCAGUGCAUGAUGCACUAUGCGUAGUGCGACGAGUCCUAGAAAGUCGCCGCCUUGUUGUGGGUGGAGGAGCUGUUGAGGCGGCUUUGAAUGUUUGGCUGGAAGCAUUUGCUACGACCCUGUCUUCUCGUGAGCAGCUUGCCGUUGCUGAAUUUGCGCAAGCUCUAUUGGUUAUACCGAAGACCUUGUCAGCUAAUGCCGCCAAAGAUUCUACCGAGCUUGUUGCAAAGCUUCGAGCCUUCCACCAUAAAGCUCAGACUAACGUGCAGUUACAGCAUCUCAAAUGGUUAGUCUAUUGCUCAAAGUCACUAUCUUUAUUUGGAAGUUUAUUCCUUAUCUGGCGAAGAGACAGUAUGCUAUAA